UGUCACAGUCUGUGUAUUAUGCCAUAUUCCAUACAUUGAGAUUGUGUCACAGUCUGUGUAUUAUACCAUACUCCACACCUCUAGUAAUAAUCCUAAGAGUAAUAGUUUCUGGUUCCCUGUGCUCUCCAACUCUCACCCCAGGUCUUUCCUGCUCUGAUUAGCAAUCUGUUCUCCACCCUUUUCACAUCACAGUGUCCUCCUCCCUCCUUCCCCCUCUUGCUGCUAUCUGAUUCCUCCUCCCCGGGUGUGUGAGUGAGAGGGGGGAGUUGGACAUCACACUCUCUCGUUACUAGUUCCUGCUUCCUUGUUCCCCGUUUCGGUGUGUGUCUGUCUCCCUGUCUCACCCGAUGGGCCGGGGUCCCCCAAGAUACCUGUCCUCCCCGGAGCUCCUCUGAGAGCCGCCUUGCCCCCCACGAACGGGCACCAUGAGGCCGCUUCUCCGCCGGCUGCUGCGGGUCUCCAACCGGUCCAUCCUCGCCUUCAUAUUCCUGUUCUCGCUCUCCUCGUCCUGCCUGUACUUUGUCUAUGUGGCCCCAGGAAUAGCAAAUACCUACCUCUUCAUGGUACAAGCACAGGGCAUCAUGCUGAGAGACAACGUCAAAACCAUUGGGAAUAUGCUCAGGCAAUAUACAAAUAAAAAUGCAACACUCAACGGAACAGAUUACCCUGAUGGUACUAAUGCCACAUAUUUCACUGCUCAGUUAAACGUGUAUGUGCCAGAAAACUUCACAAUUUCACCUUAUCUUCCAUGUCCGGAGAAGCUGCCUUUUAUGCGUGGACCUCUCAGUGUUAAUAUGAGUGAAAUCACUUUAGAUGAUCUUAACCACAUAUUACCAAAUAAUAUGGAGAUUGGGCCUGGCGGUCAUUGGAAACCUAAAGACUGCACUCCUAGAUGGAAGGUAGCGAUACUUAUUCCAUUUCGCAAUCGACAUGAGCACCUACCUAUUUUCUUCAGGCACCUUAUUCCAAUGCUUCAGAAACAACAUUUAGAAUUUGCCUUCUAUGUGAUUGAACAGGCAGGCACGCAGACUUUCAACAGAGCAAUGCUGUUUAAUGUUGGAUUUAAAGAAGCAAUGAAAGAUCGCAAAUGGGACUGUGUCAUUUUCCACGAUGUGGAUCACAUUCCAGAAAAUGAUCGAAACUACUAUGGCUGUGGAGAAAUGCCACGUCACUUUGCAACAAAACUUGACAAGUAUAUGUACAUUCUACCAUACAAUGAGUUUUUUGGAGGCGUUAGUGGAUUGACUGUGGAACAAUAUAGAAAGAUCAAUGGUUUUCCAAAUGCUUUCUGGGGAUGGGGAGGAGAAGAUGAUGAUUUAUGGAACAGGGUUCAUUAUGCUGGCUUUAAUGUAUCCAGACCUGAAGGUGAUCUAGGGAAGUACAAGUCAAUUCCUCAUCACCACAGAGGCGAAGUCCAGUUUUUAGGCCGGUACAAGUUAUUAAGAUACUCUAAAGAACGGCAGUAUCUUGAUGGGUUAAGUAAUCUAAUUUAUGCUCCAAAUAUCUCAUAUGAAAAGUUUUAUAAAAAUAUAACUGUAAACCUUGUACCAGAGCUGGCUCCUGUGAAGGACUACUAAUGAACUGCUCGCUGUCUGAAAUCCAUAUGCCUGUAGGAUCAAGACUUAAAAACUCCAUGAAAGAGUCGACUAUCUCCAACUUGUUCCUAGAGUUAAAAGUACUUUUCAGACUCUUAGACCAUGCAUUUGUCUCUUAAGCCAGCAGCUGCUAUAUCAAUGUUUACAGUGGAAGACUUCUCAGAACCCUAAUCUUGUUACACCAAAUACUGCAUUUUUCAAUCCACUCUAGAUCAGAAAAUAUAAUUUUUACUCUUAAAUUAAACCAUUAUUUCUAUGUUCUUAUCUUAACAUGCAAGGGUUUUUUUGUUUUUUUUUUCCAUUGUACUGGUGUACAUAUGUACAUAUGUAUGUUUUUGUGUAAUUAUAUCUGUAUGUUUGAAUGCACUUAGUGUCCGCUUCUAAAGAGGCACCUGUGUAGUGCACGCCCUUUUCCUCCCGAUAACCUGUUUUCCUUUAUUGUUGCUCUCCUUAAAUCACUGCAAUCAGCAAUGUAACAGAAUUGUUUGCAGCAUCAUUGUAGCUCCUGCUUAAUUUUAGCGCUUUCAUUCUUACUGUGAUCUUUCUGCUGUGCCUUGUCCCAAAAGUGCACUGUUGUAUGAUGUUAUGGGCACUGUUUAUCCUGUUGGAUUGAGCAGGAAUUUUAGAGACUGUCAGGUUAUUCAUUAAAGGGUGAAUUGUUCAAAGUGUAUAUAAAGUUUGAGACUAAAAUAUAUGAACAGAAAACAUCUAACUUAAAGUUGCAUUUCUUGAACUAAAAUUAGAAAUUUACUUGAAUUCCCAUUCAUUCACUCUUUAGUAAAUAACCAUGAGUGUUUAACUGCUCCACUGUAUCCAUUUGAAAAUUGCUAUACUGCAUCCAUAAAUGCACAUGGCCAGCAGCAAUAUUUAUGCUUUGACUUUCUAAUUUUGCCCUGGUAUGAAGAGGUCUCAUGUGCCAAGACAAUAUUAAACCAGCAUCUUGUACUGUUGACACAUGUCAGGAUAGAACCAUGGAUUUGUGCAAUUGAUGCCAGAUUCUAACUCUACCAUCUGAAUGUCGCAACAUAAAACUUAAUUCAUCAGACCAAGCAGCAAUUAAUAAUUUUAUAGUCUAGUGCUAGUGGUCACAUGCUCACUGUGGUCUCUUAUUUCUGUUGAGUGGAACUAGGCAUGUUCUUUCUCUAAUGUAGCCCAUACUUUUAACAUUUUGUACAGUUAAGAGAUACCCUAAUGC